UAUAAAUACUAAUACCUCUAAGGUUCUUCCCUUCCCUACUCAACCUGGUUACUGUAUUGGUUCAGUGUUCAUAAUAUUUGAGUUAAUAUGGGCUUUAAGAGCAGUGAACGUGAUCAAACCAAUCAACAAAAUCAUAGCGGUGCAGUUUUGCGAGAUGGAAAAGAAAUACUUAUUCAGGCAUUUAAUUGGGAGUCUAACAAAUACAAUUGGUGGACAAAUUUAGAAAGUAAAGUUCCUGACAUAGCUAAAGCUGGAUUUACUUCAGCAUGGUUGCCACCACCAACUCAAUCCUUCUCACCUGAAGGUUACACUCCACAGAACCUUUACUCCAUUAAUAGUAAAUAUGGUUCUGAGCAUCAGUUAAAAGCUUUGCUUCAAAAGAUGAAGCAAUACAAAGUCAGAGCAAUGGCUGAUAUAGUUAUCAAUCAUCGUGCUGGCACCACCCAAGGACGUGGAGGGAUGUAUAAUCGUUUUGAUGGAAUUCCAUUAUCUUGGGAUGAACAUGCUGUGACAUCAUGUACUGGUGGAUUGGGUCAUAGAAGCACAGGGGCCAUUUUCCAUGGGUUUCCCAAUAUUGACCAUUCUCAAGAUUUUGUGAGAAAGGAUAUCAUAGGAUGGCUCCGGUGGCUACGCCACAACGUAGGCUUUCAGGAUUUUCGUUUUGAUUUUGCAAAAGGGUUUUCCCCAAAAUACGUGAAAGAAUAUAUUGAAGGAGCAAAGCCAUUGUUCUCUGUUGGGGAGUACUGGGAUUCUUGCAACUACAAUGGUUCUGCUUUGGACUAUAACCAAGAUAGCCAUAGGCAGCGAAUAAUCAAUUGGAUUGAUGGCACUGGACAGCUUUCAGCUGCAUUUGACUUCACAACAAAGGGGAUUCUUCAGGAAGCUGUCAAGGGAGAUUUUUGGCGUCUGCGUGACCCUCAAGGGAAGCCACCAGGUGUGAUGGGAUGGUGGCCUUCAAGAUCAGUCACAUUUGUAGAUAAUCAUGAUACAGGCUCAACUCAGGCUCAUUGGCCAUUCCCCUCAGACCAUAUUAUGGAGGGGUAUGCGUACAUAUUGACUCAUCCCGGGAUGCCUACAGUUUUCUAUGACCACUUUUUUGACUGGGGCGGCUCAAUUCGUGAGCAGAUUGUGAAGUUGAUUGAUAUUCGAAAGCGUCAAGGUAUUCUGAGUAGAUCACCCAUCAGGAUUCUGGAGGCCAAGCAAAACCUUUACUCUGCCAUCAUUGGGGAGAAACUGUGCAUGAAGAUUGGAAAUGGUUCAUGGUGCCCAUCUGGGAGGGAAUGGACACUAUCAACUUGUGGCCACAAUUAUGCUGUAUGGCACAAGUAGUGCCCCUUUAGGUUGACCCUACCUCUGUAGCGGGUGUACACGGAAAUGGAAUGGGAAUUCUGUGCCUUCUUAAUUACAUACUUAUGAUUGUAAUGCAUGGUAAAACUGAAGUUCUUAAGUCACUUCGUUAGUAACUUAUGUAUUGUAAGUUAUAUAGCCCACUUAAGUAGCUGCGCCUUGUAUCUGUCUUAUGUAACAAUAGCAGCUUUGUGUCUGCAACAUAUAACAAUAAACUGCUCUUUAAUAAUAAUAAGUU